GUCGGUGAGCGGGCGGCGGGCGGUGCCGGCAGUGACCCGGGCGGGCGGGCGGGGACAGCAGCCUCCGGGCCGGGAUGGGGAACGCGGAGAGCGCCGGGGCCGAGCAGCCCGACCCCGCCGAGGAGGAGGAGGACGAGGACGAGGACGAGGAGCUGGUCGCGGACACGGAGCGCGGCCCCGCCAGGGCGGGCCUCCCGGCCCCGGGCUCGGCGCUGGGGGCGGCCGGGGGCCCGGAGGCGGCGGACGGAGGCGCCGGGCCCGGCUCGGCGGCCGCCCUGAGCCUGGGCUGCGGCCCCGGCCCCGCCGUCCUGUUCCAGCAGCAGCGGCUGCGGGAGGCGGCGGCCCGGGUGCGGGACGAGGUGGCGGAGAACGUGGUGCAGCAGCACCACAGCCACCUGAUCCGCUGGCUGGAGGAGCGGCUGGGCCGCGGCGAGGACACCGUCCGCCUCGCACAGUUCUGUGACCUGCUCGGCUCACGGUUCGCCGUCAGGGAGGAGUGCGAGGAGGCAUUUGCUCAGUUCGAUGCAGAGGGAGAUGGCACAGUCGCUGUGGAAAACAUGUUGGAGUCAUUGAAAACCUCUGGUGGGGCUAAUCUGCGGGGAGAAUUGAGUCAUGUGAUUCGACAGCUGCAGGCGUGCUCCCUAACUCCAGGAUUUGUUGACAUCUUUUCAAAAAAUAAGGAACGCAUGGGUGUUCACGCUGCAAAAAUCUUGCGUUUCCUCCACAGGAACAGAAUCCCAAGUAAUGCUAUCCCAUUUCCCAUGAUGGACAGUUAUAAUAACAUUUGUGCCAUGCGUUCCUCCGUUUUGAAGGAUUGCCUAAAGCAAUUGUUAGAGAAAAAGAAUGAACAAGCAAUUCAAUGUCCCACAGAUAUGAAUGGUGAAAGAGAUUUGGAUAAGCUCAAGGUAGUAACCAAGUGCUACACCACCUUGGAAACUUCCUCAAACUCAACUGAUGUUGACAAGAUGAUCAAUGGAGAAACAACUUCCUACUGGCAGUCAGAUGGGAGUUCAUGUUCGCACUGGAUCAGGUUACGCUUAAAACCUGAUGUUGUGCUGAAACAUUUAUCAAUAGCAGUGUCGGCUAGUGAUCAAAGUUACAUGCCACAACAGGUGACUGUGUCCUUGGGGAGGAAUCCCAGUAACAUGCAGGAAAUCCGUGAUGUCCGUAUUCCCAGUAAUAUGACCGGAUACAUUACAUUGCUGGAAAAUGCAAGCAUCAAUCACCCAUUUGUACAGAUAAAUAUUAAACGUUGUCAUGGUGAUGGGUGUGACACAAGGAUUCAUGGGCUGAAGACUAUGGGAUACCAGGUUAUGAAGAAAUCUGGAGUGUCUGUGUCUGAUGCAUCUGCCAUUUGGUAUUUGACCCUAUUAACGACACUGGUGACAGCUUCUGUGGAAACGAAUCCAGACCUGGCGCAAAGUGUGCUACAAAUUACACAAAAAGCACUGCAGCACAUGCCGCCCCUUUCCCUCACAGCUGGGUCCACAGUGAUGCCCAGCUUCAUGUCAACAAAUGUCCUGGAGAAAGUGGACAGUUUUCUCAUCAGGAUUGCAGGAUGCUGUGCUAGUCCUGAAGCAGAGUUGACCCUUUUGGCUUUUGCUUUGGCCAGAGGAAGUGUUGCUAAAGUGAUGAUGUCACUUUUGACCAUCAGUGAUCAUCUAGAUGCAGAGUAUGAGGCUUCUCAGCUCCUCACAGCAAUGGCAUCCGUGCGACUAAACCAGCUUCAUAAAUAUGGGAAACCACUUCAGUUGACUGUGGAGGCCUGUGAUGCCAAAGAAGGAAAAGAAAAGGGAUUUGGACCCACUGCUGUGCUCUAUGAGUCACUGCUGGGAGACGGAUUUUUGUCAGAGGCCGGCCAUACACGAGCCAGCUUCAUUCUGUCAACAAGAACUAAAUUAGCCAUCCAGGUCACUCAGAUCAGGGUUAAGGUCCAUAAUGGUGCUAAAGGAGCAAAAUGUGGCUUGGUCUUUGCUUAUAAUGAUGAGUCAGAAACCUUUGAUGCAGAGAAACAUUUCAAGAGGUUUGAAAAGUAUAAUAAAUGGAAGCUACAAGAGUUUCGACAAUUUGUGAAGGAAAGAAACAGUGACCAGAGGGUUGACUUGGAUGGAGAUGAUCCUGUUGGUUGGUUUGAACUGGAAGAUGAAUGGAAUGAAACUGAAGUAAAAUUACCAAUCUGUCGAAUCAGCAAGUAUCUGAUGGUGAAGUUUCUCUGUCCCCGUCAAGAAGAUGAGAAUAACGUGCGUAUUGGCAUCAAGCAUCUAUCCAUUCGUGGCUACGUGAGACCAGCCAAUCAAGAGUGUGUCUCUUUCUCUGAUACAACACCAAGUGGUCUUGUUACUGGGCAAACUCUUGUGUUGAAGACGCUCUAUUUCAUCCAACAACUGGCACAGGAUGCAGCAGAACUGAAGGAGCGGAAGUUAAAACAGAAACCUUACCUGGACUUUUCAGACCUUAAUCUACAACUGUUCUGGAACUUCUACAAAAAGUUCAGAGAAAAUCAAGAAUUAGAGUGUCUCCUAGCACAGACAAUUUUAUUGCAACUUCUUCAGAAUUGCUUGGUGCUACUGUCUGGAUCUCAUUCGUCUCAGAAAGCACAAGGCACAGCACAGCCUGGCACUGAGAGGAAACAGCCUAUUGACACAGAAUCUGCUUGUGACCUCUAUGUGUAUCUUUGUGAAGUAGUGGAUGGUGAGAAAUACGACACGGUUUCUGGAAUGUUGAGGAAGGAAGCGGUAAAUACCAUCCUUAGUGGAGCUGCCAUCUUUUUUCCAGAUGUAAACACUCGGCGUAGUCAACUUUUUAAAAUGAUGGAAACAAUUACUGAACCUUCUCAACCUCAUUCUGCUACAAUUACAUUCCAGUCCCUGUGUCAUUACUUUAGUAACCAGGAUCCAAGUGGGCUGCUCCAGUUGCCGCAGAAGGGGGUUCCUGAAGAGUUCGACAUUAAUUCGAUAAUGAUGGUUAUGGAUACCUUGCUGUUAGUAGCAACACGAGAGUGUGAAUUAACAGUCGUAAAACAAUUCAUUUGGGAAGAAUGGCCGUUUCUUGUCAAUCUGCUUUGGGCAUUGCAAGGCCAUCUCCUCUCCUGGUGUUACCUACAGCUGAAGGGAAGUGACGUCUUAUCUGUUCAACAUGCAAGAGAAAUUCUCCUUAACUAUGUCAAGCGCCACAUCUCCUGUGCAUCUAAUGUCCUAGAUUUCCUGAUGCUGAAAUGCAGUGGGAAUAAGAUCAUGGCAAAACUGAAUGACUCCUUUCUUGCUAUGGCCACUAGACAGCUGGUAAUCUUUCUUUUGGAACUUUCUAACUUGGAAAUCCCUCACUGUGAACUGCUGCAAGCUUUUGCUCCACUGGCAAAGAUGUUGAAGAACCUCUGCUGUGAAACUGGUGAUGAUUUUAUCAAGCUUGGUGGUGAGAACUUGGAGAAAUCUGAGGAGCCAGUGUUUCUCAGGAUGUGGAGCAUGGAGUCUACACACAACUAUGAAAAUAAUAGUCAUGCAACAACCGUUUUUGUUUGUCCGGGUGCAACAUUAUUUGAAGUGGAGUUUGAUGAAAAGUGUGAAACAGAGAAAAGGUACGAUUACUUGGAGUUUACAGACUCCAGAGGAGUGAAAGUGCGUUAUGAUGGGAAAGUCGGGACAGAGAAAUGGCCAACGUUAGUGACGUUUAAAUCAGGCCCAAGGCUGCAGUUUCUCUUCCACUCUGACAACUGUAACAAUGAAUGGGGAUACAAAUUCAUGGUGAAAGCGUAUGGUCUACCAGAUGUACGGGUACCUUGGGUUGCAGAUCUACAACUUCUUGUGUCUCGACUAAUGGGUUGCCUUGCCUCCCGUGCGCUGUCUUUGAACUCUGCCUGUGGGCUGUUCCCUUCUGUUGAGUUAUCAGUGGAAAAGGUUACUUCUGUUGUGGAGUCUCAGCUCUGGAAACCCAUCUUAAGGCAUGGAACCUGUGCAGGAGUAAAUCAGUACCCGGUGGGAACAAAGGACAGCACAUCAGCAGAAGAAACUGAACUGAGCAAGGAUGAUGUUCAGAAGUUCCUGCUUCAGGUUGCUCUCUGGGAUCCUUCGCAAGAUGACGUCACUGACUCUCAGACUGACCUAAUCAAGAGACUCGUCAGCCUUUGCAAGAAGCAGUCGGCAAAGUUGGAAGUAGUUAGUGGAAUUGGUCUUGGGUCAAAAGUUGACCAAGCUGUGAAUUCUGUAUUUGCUGCCAUGUUGUACCAUAGCACUGAUCUUCACAGUGCACUGAGAACCUACGUUAAGAGCGGAGGUACUGCAGGAUUCAAUGACGAAAUUGCAGAAGUGUAUGCGUUGGCUGAAGGAAUGAAAACUUGGAUAAUGGAACGUAAACAGAAAUAUGUAAUGAUGAUCAGUGAUAAGGAGGAAGUGCAAGAUGAUGACAAGAUGAACCCAGAAAACAUCAAUGAAAACUGGAUUGGGAAGAGCCUCUUACUACUAAAAUUUGCACCAUUACCGACAAAAAAUAUUGACUCUUCUUCUGAUGAGAAGAGAGCAGAUACUUUACAAGAGCAGGAAGACGUUUUGCUCAAAUCUGUCGAUCAGCCGGCGCAACUUAUUACUGCCCAGUCUACAACAUUGCAGGAACCAAUUGUGCAGUCACAGAACACAGUGGGUGAAAAGCCCCAGCAAGCAAUCCCUCCUGCCAGUACGUUGAACAAUGACCUUGAUCCUGCUGGUCAAACCUGGACUGAGAGCCCAGCUUCUUCAGUGAGCACAACGCCCAGUGAAAACCUAACGUCUCCUUAUGUUGACUUUCACUCCCCUUUCAGUUCCAAACCCAAAGCUGCAUUUAGUAAAGGCCGACUUAGAUUACUUUCACUCAGGUCCAUGGAAGAGUUUAAAGUUGUCCCAAUCCAAGACAAAUAUCCAAUUUUGAAGAGCAUUUUGGCGUUCAUGAAGGAUCCCAAUAUUUCAUCUGAAAGUGUCUUACAGGUUCUAUCUUUGCGGAAGGCCCAGGCCAAAAACAUCAUCAAUGUUCUCCGUGCAGUUAGUGAAUGCCUGCAAUCACUAGGACAACCUCACCUCUUCCAGUUCUCCUGCAUUCUCUUUCUGCAGGAAAUGUUAACUUGCCAGAAGGAAUUGAUCAGCUAUCAUCAACAGUUGGAGGGCUGUGGAAAGGAGCUAUGGAGUGAACUUCGACAGACUUACUACAAUCUUGUGUUGCUGCUUGUAACUGCUGUUCGUCAGUUUAACACUGAGAAAGAUUGGUCCCUACUCCCAGCACUGUCCUGUGUUCAGACCUGCCUGCUGCAUUUGCUAGAUAUGAGUUGGGAGGCACCAGACAUAUCCUUUUUCAAUGACAUCAAUCUACCUGAUCUCUUAUUGGCAAUGUCACAGGAAAAUAUCAGUAUUCACGACAGCGCUAUACACCAGUGGAGUGAAGAGGAUGAGAUUGCAGAUUAUGAAUGCAACAAAGAGUGGAUGGAGGAAUGUCAGGAUGGAAUACAGCUGCGUGUCUGGUACGAGAGGAUGACUAAUGCUACAGCUGAAGAGAAGAGGCGAAUGCACAUGUUCGUUGCACGCUACUGUGACCUGUUGAAUGUGGAGAUAUCCUGCGAUGGAUGUCAUAAAAUAGCACCUUGGCAUCGCUACCGCUGUCUUCAGUGUCCAGACAUGGAUCUCUGCAAAACCUGCUUCCUUGGUGGAGUGAUGCCUGAACAUCAUGAAGAUUAUCAUAAAAUGGUGAACAUGGAGUAUGCGUGUGAUCACUGCCAGGGGCUAAUCAUUGGCCGUAGGAUCAAUUGCAAUGUAUGUGAUGACUUUGACCUCUGCUACGGGUGUUAUUCUGCAAAGAAGUACCCAGACAGCCAUUUGCCAACGCACAGCAUUACAGUGUUCCCCAUGGUGACGAUUCGGAUCAGUGACCGUCACCGUCUCAUUCAGCCGUACAUCCACAACUACACCUGGCUGCUAUUCAGCGCGCUAGCCCUCUACACGGCCGACAUUGUAACAGAGCAGAAACCCGCCGAGGAGGAUCUGGACCCUUGUGUGCGAUCUCAGGCUGAGGCAUUGGAAGCUCGCUGCACAGAGCUCAUCACUGAAUAUCUGCUCAAAGCCCACCAAGGAAAAAGUCUAAAGAAUUCUGCAGUGCUUUCAUUACUCUCCAAUGUGUCGACUGAAGGUGAGGCGGACAUUACCGAUACCACAGCAGGAUCUGCAGCAGGGAUACUUUCCAUAACAGAUCACAGCACUAGUAACCAGCAUCAGGAAUCUAUUGCUGCAGAUGACCAGAGAGAGAUGUUAUCUGAUACACAAUCCAGAGAUGGACAGGAAGCUGUUCAGUGCCGUCAGGAGAAAAUCCAAAAGAAGUUAAAAUCAAGUGCAAGUGAUACCACCUUGGCAAGUAUUGACAGCAUUGAGUGGGAGAGCGUGCAGGUUCUAGAGGUACCUGGAUCCAGGAGUGAUGCUUCGUACUUGGAGAAGGGAACUGUAAGCCAAGACUCUUCAUCUACGUCGGACUCUGAAAUGUUUUCAUCCAGUCAGUUAAAUGUCCCUGCAGUUGCAGGUAGUGCAUCAGAAGAUGAGGUGAAACACACCAGUUCCGUGAUUAGCACUUCUUCAUCACAACAAGCUUCCUCUGGAGCUUCCAGUAAGAAGUCUAAAGUCGAACAGCAUCUGAACACUUCGCUUUCUGAGCAGAGUUCUCCAUUAUCUGUGGCAUCUACUUCAGGGACAACAGAGCCAUCUGAAUCUGGCACCGUCUCAAAAUUGUCCUCCAGUGAUGCAGCAAAGUCAGUUGCCACAGAAUCGGUGCCACAGUCCUCCGUGUCAGGCACACAGCCAUUCGAGUCCCGAGCAGCCGAACAACAAACACCUGCGAUGGAUGUGAGGAUGCUUAGAGCAGCAGGGCCCAAAUCUGCCUGGGGAGCCACGACGGAUCAUUCACGUGGAUCGAAAGCUGCCUUCAAGAUGGAUGUUAGUGAAAAAGAAGCCUUGCCCAGCCAAGACCAGGUCUUUGCUGAGUGCUUGCAGGAGAGAAUACUGGGUCUGCUUGCUGCCAUGCUUCCUCCUGUAAAAUCUGAUUCAACCAUAUGCUUACCUAACCUGCGGCAGGUACUGAAGCUCCUAUUCCGACUGGCAAUGCAGAAUCCCGGGCAGCUGCUCGAAACCUAUCACUUGACACUGGGACUGCUUGGGCAGUUGCUGAUGAGAAUCUCCCCAGAAGAAGCUGAUGCAGCAGUAAAAGAAGUCCUCUUUGCAUCUUGGACACUACUUAGCACAGCUGAAGGCAAAUUAAAACACCCAGGAUGGAUGACGACACAGGUUUUGUUCAGCCUUGGAGCAGUGUGCUUGGACUGCAGGAUUAGCCUGGACUGGGCAUCUUCUGUUGCAGACAUUCUCAGAGACCUGAACUCUAGCCCCCAGUGGCAAAAAGUGAUUGCUGCCUUCACAAAGCGCUGCAUUGAGGAGCUUCCCUUCCGUUUAAAACGCACCAACGUCUUUGCACUGUUGGUUCUGGUGGGAUUUCCAGAGGUAUUAUGUAGGGGAACACAUACUGUCUACAUAGACAAUGCCAAUGAGGCACAUGACGUUAUCGUCCUGAAACAUUUCACGGAGAAGAUUCAAGCUGUGGUAAUUGACACCAAGACUCGCAAACGUAAAACAGUGAGAGAUUAUCGGUUAACGCAAGUUUGUGAGCCUGAAUGGAUGACAACUCAAUCCCAACUCAUCCAGUUCCUGCAGCACUUCAUGUUAAUCUACAGCCAUCUACUGCAGACUAACAUGGACAGCAGCUUCCCAGAUGCGGUGGAGGCAACGUGGCUGCAAUCAUUAGCUCUAAAGGGUCUCUACAAAAUGCUGCAGAAGCAUAACAUUGAAGAGAUCCAUCCAGUCAUUCUACAAUCUGGUUUGAUCAAACUGCUGGAGAAGAAAUGCACCAAAGGGACAGGGUUUAGCAAGCUGUGGUUGCUUUGUGAUCUGGAGACCUUAUCGAUCAUGAUGUACUCAUCAAAAAAAGAGGCCAGUGCCAGUGCUGAAGGUGCUGAUGCGGAAACAGAGGAGCAGGAACAGACUCCAGAUCAUGAGUCUAAGAGCAGUACCUCUGUGUUUGAUUUGGACGAAACUAAGCCUGAUCCUUUGGAAGGUCUUGAUGAAGCCACAAAAAUUUGUUUCCAGAUAACUCACGAUGCUCUGAAUGCACCAUUGCAUAUUUUACGAGCCAUGUAUGAACUUCAGAUGAGAAAAACAGACUCCUUCUUCCUUGAAGUUCAAAAACGAUUUGAUGGGCAUGUAAUUACCACCGAUGAGACCAUUCAGUCCAUGUCUAUGAAGUGGCAGCCCAACAAAACCUCGCACACAGAAGACCACAACACGAAAGCUGUCGACACUGACAUGAUGAUUGUACCCUGUGUGUCCAAGCCUUUGCGUUGCGAGAAGGCAGUAGAAGAGAGCAAUCCUGUCUCGCAGAAGCUCAUAACCAAUACAGAAAGCGACCUACAACUCAGCUUCGCUAAACAGCGACGCACUAAAAGCUCCAUGCUGCUGCACAAAGAGCUGGACACACGCAGCAAGAGGGCAGUGCGCGACUACCUGUACAAGGUCAACGAAGCCAUCUCCAUUCUGUAUGCCAGGCACGUGCUCGCUUCUCUGUUAGCCAACUGGCCAAGUGGAGUGGCGAUCACAGAGGAAGUGCUGGGGCUCAGCUGUCCGUCUCACAUGGCCUACAUCCUUGAUCUGCUAAUGCAGCUGGAGGAGAAGCCGCUGUGGGAAAAGAUUCUACAGAGAGUGCUGCUCGGUUGCAGUGAGAACAUCCUGGGAUCUUUAGCGGUGACUGCCUGUCAGUUUAUGGAGGAGCCAGGAAUGGAUGUCCAGAUCAGAGAGUCCAAGCACCCCUAUGACAAUAAUACAACUAUUGAGGACAAAGUUCAUAUCCCUGGUGCCAUUUACCUGUCUGUGAAAUUUGAUCCUCAUUGUGUGUCUGAGGAUGGCUGUGAUGAGUUACUGAUGUCCAGCAGUAGUGACUACAAACAAGAUCGGCAUACAUUCAGCGGAUCGUCACAUAAGUGGAUUGACUUUGACAUUCCAGGUGAUACACUGUAUUACAGGUUUACAUCUGACCUAGACACCAAUGACUGGGGUUAUAAAUUCACAGUGACAGGAGGCCAUCGUGGGCGGUUUCUGACUGGGUUUGAGAUACUCAAGCAAAUGCUGUUGGAGGAGAGGGUUAUCCCACACCUUCCGCUGGCUGAAAUUUGGGAGUGGCAAGUGGGUGUGGCUUGUCAACAGAUGGGGCAUCAACGACUAAAAGCAAUUCAUCUGCUCUUGAAGAUAUUACAGUGCACCUCUUCCAGUGGCUGUGACCUCACAAUGCUGAGGCCACUCUGGCAGCUUUUCACCAAGAUGGAAAAUAAUGCACAUCAAGAUCAGACUGGAAUUUUUAUUCUUCCUCCUCUACAUCGAGCUUUGACUGAGUUAUUCUACGUUGCAGAAAAGCGGGCAAUGGAGCUCGGUGUGCUGCACGACUACUUUUUGGCCUUAACCACAGAAGAUCACAUCCACCACUGUGUUAUGCAGGGACUGAAGAACGUUGCUGCUAUCAGUCUCGCAAUUAACCAGCAGAAUAAAGCCACCAAGCUCCUGAGCGAACAGGCAACGUCCCAAACCAAGCCUGCUUAACAAAGCUCGUGAUACCGUCGACCACCAAGCCAAUAGAACUGAGACGAGCAGAGUCAUCCCAUGAAUUACAUCACACAGCAUUGACUGUCAGAUGUACUUAAACCUGCACUUUCUAAGAUUUGAUCCACUCAUUUUCCCUCACUAUCUCUACUUUCUUUCUCCUGUGCACUGUGACGAGACCCCUUUUGAGAGCUCCUCAAACUCCUUGGAUUCUGUAUUCAUGAAAAAUCCAACUUGAAAUUGUUUCACUCGCCACCUUGAUGGUAUAGGAUCUCUCACUGGUCAGCAGUUUCUGUGGCAAACGUUUCUACCACAUUAUUCCACUGUAGGAACUGGGGCAGAAAGUAAAGAUGAGCUCAACUUGUCCACAACCACCCUUCCUGUUAUUAACCGGUUACCUACAAUUGAAUAUUUGCAUGGAGUUGAUCAUUUAUUUCUGGCACUGAAUUGUUGAUUUUGCUUUUGAUAGGUUGGAUAUUACAAUAGUAAGAAGGUAAUCCUUUUUAUGAAGGUAAUUUUUUUUUUGUGUACUGAAAUAGAAAUCUUGACCAGCUUGUGUUUACUUAAUUCAUCAUUUGAGAGUCUGGCAGGGGUAAAUUGUGAUUGGAAAGGCCAUGUAUUCACCUAGUAAAAUAGUCUGUAUUACAUCUUAACAAGUUCUCAAGUCCCUGACUGUUCCCCACUCUUGCCUCUCCCAAAUCUAAAAGCCUUCCAAACAAAAGAAAUUCAAAAGAACAUGUGCCUGACAUCUGUUGUCUGUCACAGAGGACAUGUCAUUUUCAUUCAAUUAUUGGAACAUUUUUUAUUUAAGUUAGUCUGAGCAUAGAGUGCCAUUUCUAACUUUGUACUGUUUUUGAAGCAAGGAAGAUUUUCUUUGCUUCCAUCUUCUUCCUCCUAUGACCUGCCCCCUACUCCAAUGCUGCAUAGAAUUUUGAAUGUACAAUGCUGUCGAUAUUAUGUGAUGCGGGUAUUAAUUAUGCAGUUGAAAAUAAUGGACAUGUUUAAAAUAUUUACUCAGUUAUAUUUGCUGAGCUCUUUUAAAUAAAAUGCCAACUUGGUAUUGUUCAAUAAAAUAGAAACUAAGAAAUGUGCAAUUAAUUUGAUUUUUUUUUACAUGAAAAUUUGAAGAGCUUGAGGUACGAGACACUGUGGGAUUGCACUGUGUCUUGGAGGACUUGCAAUAACCUUCCAAAGUGGGGAGCUUUAUUAUAGGGAAGAUAGAAGACAGGAGAGGGUUAAAAUAGGAAUGGAAAGGAAGUAGGAAUGUGGUGGGAUAUGGACAAAUAUGUAAGCAGUUAAUGAAUCCAGGCAACCUAAUUAGAGGGGAGGUGAUGUAGCCACGACAGAUCUAGGCUUCAGCCAGAACACGGCUGACCCGUCCAAUGAUUGCAGCCAGCGGAAGGACAACUUUUAUUGACGGUUUGUUACUUGGAAUCUGCCAGGGUUGAAUUAAACAAAAGGAAUCUGUUGGAAGUAUAUGCAGCCCAUGGGAUCGUGGAAGAGUGAUCAAGAUGCCAAGUUAAAAGUAGCGGCACAUAAUUUAUCAGAGGCUUGUUGGAUGGUCAACAGAUUUUCAACAGGUGGUGUUGAGAUAGAGUGACUGCAACAUUUGAAAAAGAGUUUGGAAUUUGCAGCAAUAUGGGACAAAAGGGGUGGAAUAAAUGGCCUCUGUACUGUGAUUUGUGAUCUGUCUGUUACUCACCUUCUCUCGCUGUUAACAUCACUUGAAGUUGUAUGUAUUUUCCCGACUUGCAUCUGUUAUUCUACCAAAACCUCAGAGUCCAAUGAGUGAAUUAACUCAAAAAUGUAUCAUACUUUUAAAAUGCAUAAUAGUUAAUAAAAUCCCUUCUUUAAAAGUU